AUGAAACCUUGUGGUAUCUGCAAGAGGACUGGCCACAAGUCCCAUGAGUGCGUAGACCUAAAGAAUACGGUCUGUUACGAAUGUGCCGAGAAGGGCCAGAUAAAGACAAUCUGUCCCAGGCGUACAGCUGAGGGAAAUGCUAAUCCUGCGGAGAUAAAGAAACCGAAUACUAGAGCCUUUCAUUUAACUACAAAGGAAGCAACUAAAGACACGAAUGUCAUUACGGGUACCUUUCUUGUAAAUGAUAUAUUUACUAGAGCCUUAUUUGAUUCUAGAGCUGAUAAGAGCUUCGUUGACCAUAAAUUUGGUCAGCUUCUAAACCUGCCCUUAAGAGCCUUUGACAUUACUUAUGAGGUCCAAAUGGCCGAUGGUAGCAUAGAAAUAGCUUCCACGAUUCUUGAUGGAUGCGUUAUAUCCAUCAAGAACCAAUCUAUCCCUGUUAACCUUUUAUGUACGAAUCUUAUGGGAUUCGAUAUAGUUUUAGGCAUGGAUUGGUUAGCUCAUAACCAAGCCCGCAUUGCCUGCGAUAAGAAACUUAUCGAAAUUAAAUCCCCAUAUGGUGAUAUACUCACUAUUCGUGGAGAUCAACACUAUGGAUUUCCAGAGAAAGCAUCUUUGGUUAAGGCAUCCAGGUGCAUGUAA